CUAAACACUCCCUCCAUCCAUCCUCACUCUCUUAUCCCUCUACUGAAAUAACCCGGUGAGGUAAGCAACCGAGGCAUCCCGGGAUGAGUUUUAUACGGACUGCUCUUUCUCUGCCUGUAGAGUCAGAGAGGAACUAGGAAGCAUCCCAGCUGCAGUUCGGGAGAAACACACGACCAUCCAGAGCAGUGCCGAAAGUAAAUUACAGACAGGCAGGAGACGCAGAGUAAGAAGAAGAUGAUGAUGAUGCAGUCAGGCUUGGAUGACAUGACCAAGCAGAGGAUGAUGCAGGCUAAGGCUCUGUGUAAGGAGGCCAGAGGAGGGGGUCUGAACCUCGGGAAGAAGAUCAGCGUCCCAAAGGAUGUGAUGAUGGAGGAGCUCAACCUUGAAUCUAAUCGAGGCUCUCGCAUGUUUCAGGAGAGACAGAAGAGGGUCGAGAGGUUCACGCUGGAGAACGCUGCCAAUGUUGCUUACAACCCCAACAAUAUCUCCGUGUCCCAGGUCUAUACAGAGGCUGACCCUCCCCAACAGAUCAUUUCAGAGCCCCAGGGAGGAGACGCGAACCAAACGUUCUCCAUCCCUGGUAAGCAUAGCCUGGUCAUGAACCUUCAGAAGACUGUAGCAAGGAAGGGCAGUCCUGACGUCAUCGCUCCAGGAUAUUCAGGCCCUCUGAAGGGAGUUCCUCAUGAGAAGUUCAACACAACAGUAAUCCCCAAAUCCUACACUUCCCCGUGGCACAACGCUCUGGGAAACAACGUAGAGCUUCUAAACGCUAUCAAUAUCCAGCUGCCUCAGCUCCCACAGAAACUACAGCCUGCAGACUACCGGUGCUUCAACAGAUCUGCCAGGCCGUUUGGGGGAGCUAUGGUCAGCCAGAGGGUGAUACCAGUGAUCGGCUUUGAGGCCAUGGAAUCCCAGAACCUGCCCGGCAUCGCUCUGGACCGCAUGUGCCGACGGCCCAACUUCAACAGAGCCCCCAGGGGAUGGGGAAUGGAUUACUACCCUGAAUCUAAUGAGCUAUGAGAAGGAAGCUAAUCAGCUGAGAGACUGAAGCAAUGACCUCCGCUUGAUGCACUCUUCCUACAAAGAUGAUCCCUGUUAAUCAGCGGGCACAACAGGGGAGAGAAUAACACUCCUGCAUGAUAAAGUGCUUUGCUGCUGCUGCUGCUGCUGCUGAGAGGUCUAAACUCAGAGGGCUGCUGUCCCUUCGCUCCACAGUAGUCUCAGACAAUGCAGCUACGGGCUGAAGUGGUUUCCUUUUGUUGUCUUUUGCGGUAUCUGAUCCCAUCAACGUCAACACCCGACAUCCUCUGCUCCACACUCCCAAGACUCCAUCUGUUAGUUGUCACACUGUGACUUUACAUCUUAACCCCUUCUCUGUAUUCUACUGAAGCAAGUAUUACUGAAAAAGAACAACUCUGAGAUGACAUCAAAAUAGCCUAAUUUUAAUGACAAGUAAAAACAUUGAAAAGAAAGCAUUACAAAAAACAAAGUCUAUAUGCUGUGGAAUAUUAACAUUGUGUCAAUAAAAAAAAAGUUACUUGAAAAUUACCAGCUUUAAAAA